CCGCUCGCUCUCCCCGGAGGAACCGGCGACAUGGCGAGCUCCUCGGCCUCGCUCAGCUACGUCGGGUGCAACUUCUUGCGGCAGAGGCUGGUGCUCUCCACGCUCAGCGGCCGCCCGGUGAAGAUCCGCAGGAUCCGGGCCAAGGAGGAGAACCCCGGACUCCGAGAUUUUGAAGCAAACUUUAUCAGGCUGAUUGACAAAAUAACCAAUGGCUCUAGGAUCGAAAUAAACCAAACAGGUACCACUUUAUACUAUCAGCCUGGCCUGCUCCACGGGGGUUCACUGGAACACGACUGCAGCCUCAACCGCAGCAUUGGGUAUUAUUUGGAAAGCCUGCUGUGCUUAGCACCGUUCAUGAAACACCCUCUAAGGAUUGUUCUCCGCGGUGCCACCAAUGAUCAAGUGGAUCCUUCGGUGGAUUGCCUUAAGGCGACAGCUCUGCCGUUAUUGAAAAGAUUUGGAAUCGACGGCGAAGAAUUGGAAUUGAAGAUCGUGAGGAGGGGCAUGCCCCCCAAAGGAGGUGGCGAAGUGCUAUUCAGUUGUCCUGUGAAGAAAGCAUUGAUGCCCAUUCAGUACGUUGAUCCUGGCAAAAUUAAGCGCAUCAGAGGUGUGGCCUAUUCGGUCAGAGUGUCCCCGCAGAUUGCAAACCGAAUUGUGGAUUCUGCAAGGAGCAUCCUGAAUAAAUUCCUACCGGAUAUUUACAUCCACACAGACCAUAUGAAAGGGACAAGCUCUGGGAAGUCUCCGGGUUUCGGCCUCACUCUGGUUGCAGAGACGACAAACGGUACUUUCCUCAGUGCUGAGUUGGCCUCCAGCCCCCAGGGACAGGGCGUGGCUGUGCUCCCGGAAGACCUGGCCAUAAACUGUGCCAAGUUGCUACUCGAAGAGAUUCACAGAGGAGGCUGUGUGGAUUCAACAAACCAAAGCCUCAUUCUGCUCCUCAUGACCCUCGGGCAGCAGGACGUCUCCAAAGUCCUGCUGGGACCUCUGUCCCCAUACACAAUUGAGUUUCUGCGACAUCUGAGAAGUUACUUCCAGGUUAUGUUUAAAAUCGAAACCAAACCGUCCGGCGAAGAACGCAAAGGUGGAGACAAGGUCUUAAUGACAUGUGUGGGCAUCGGGUUUUCCAAUCUUAGCAAGACGAUAAAAUGAUGUGCCUGUGGAUUUUUGUAUUAUUAAACUAAUUCCCUUUUUGUAA